AUGAGAGCGAGUUUGUCAGUGCAAAACGUUUCGUUUUCGCAAGCAAACGAUGGUAGUGCUAAUUCAUCAAAUAAUGGUGCGAAUAAUCUGAGUGAUGAGAAUAUGGUUCUUGAUGAGACUACUGGUCUUUUCGUACUUCGGAAAUCGAAUUCAACAAUUGAAGAAAAUAUUGUUCAAGAUUACUCUAAUUAUAUUUUAGAUGAAAAGACUGGAUUAUUUGUUGAACACAACAACGAAAUUGAUCGUCUUUCUGAAAGAUAUAGCAGUUUUUCAUUAAGCUCCACUCAAUGUUCACGAGAAAUUAGUUCACUAAGUUCAGCUGAUUCUAAUUACAUGAGUAAAAAAUUAGAUGAAACUUCUGCGCAAAUUCAAAGAAAAAGACGAAAAAAAGGACAAGGAAAACCAGCAAAUAAAAUGAAACGAGCUCGACUGAGUGGGAAGUCAUACUAUAGUAAACAACACGUAAAGAAUAAAAUGGUAGGAUUGAAAAAAAGGGAGAAACGUCAACUCAAACCUCCAUGCGAUUCCAAAAAGUGUGAGAAAAGUCAGUUUUUUCAAUGUAAUGUAAUUAAAAAGGCACAGAGAGAAGAAAUUUUUAAUUCGUUUUGGAAAAACUUGGAUUGGAAAGAACGUAAAGCAGUGAUAAUAAAUCUUGUUGAAAAAUCUUCUGUCUUGUCCAACACAAAAAGUGACAAGUCUUGGCGUAAUGCAUCAAUUAAAUAUUAUUUGAAAAUUGAUAACCAGAAUGUCCGAGUGUGCAAAAAAAUGUUUUUAAAUACCUUUUGUUUAGGUGAAUGGACUGUACUCAAUUGGAUAAACAAAAAUAAUGGAUUCGGUAUUGUUCAAAAAGGAGUAUUGACUAAGAAGACUUCCAAAAUUGACGAUGUUUAUAAAAUGUUUUCGCAAUAUAUUACUGAUAAUAAUAUACCAUCUAAUGAAACAGCUUCAUAUUUAACAUUUUUAAAAAUAACUCAUUCAUUAAAUAUUGGGUUAUAUCAACCUAAGAAGGAUCAGUGUGACUUGUGUUUUAGUUUUAAAAAUAAUAAUAUUUCUCAAGAAACUUAUAAUUCUCAUAUUGAAAAUAAAAAUAAAGCUAGAAAAGAAAAAGACGACGAUAAAAAAAGAGCUGAACGUAAUGAAAUUAACGCAUAUACUUUAGACGUUCAGGCUGUUCAACUUGUCCCAUUUAUAGGAGCUGGAGCAUCUUACUUUAAACAAAAACUUGCUGUUCAUCAAUUCACAAUUUAUAAUUUGAAGAAUUCCGAAGUCUACUGCUACGUGUGGCAUGAAGGUGAAGGCGGCAUGGAGUCCAAUAUUUUUGCCUCAUGUAUUUCUAAUUUUUUAGAGAAUUAUGUUGAUUUAAAGAUUCCUACUGUACUUUUUACUGAUGAAUGUUGUGCUCAAAAUCGUAAUGUUAAUUUAGCUAAUUUGUUGCAACUAAUAGCGAUAAAAUUUGAGACAACAAUCUAUCAGAAAUAUUUAACUAUUGGUCACACACAAAUGGAAUGGAAUUCAUCUAUUGAAAGGAAAAAGAGAAACAAGGAACUUUACGUGCCAUCAGAUUUUGUUCGCAUUAUUAAAAAAGCAAGAACAAAUCCAGAGAUAUAUAAAGUUAUUUAUGUUGAUCACGCUUUUUUUAAGGAUUUCUCUAAAAUACAGUUUUAUAAAUCGAUUAGACCUGGUUUAAAAACAGCAGAUCCACAAGCAACAGAUUUAAAAUAUCUUAAAUAUAAUUCAACUGGGGUAUACUAUAAAUUAGAUUACCAAAACGAUUGGAUUUUAUUACCUCAAAAAAAAAAGAAAAGUAAAUAUUAA